UCGGUCGGGCUGAGGGGGAAACUUCUGAGGCGGCGCCUGAACGGGGGAGAAGGGGGCGGGAUGCGAAAUGGCGGCCGGCGACCGGACGGGCCUGUGCCCCCCCGGCGGCUUCGAGCAGCUGGAGCUGGGCCGGCUGCGAGACCCGCUGUCGGGCGGGUCUUGCUCGAGGCAGGCCUGGAGCCGCGACAACCCGGGCUUCGAGCCUGAGGAGGGAGAAGCGGCGGCCAGGGCGGCGGGGGCGGCCGCGGCAGGGCCGGUGCUGCAGAUGGACGUGGAGUGGGGCCGCAGCCCGCGAAGCCGAGGCGCCGACGGCGAGAGGAGGCGGCGGCGGGGAGCCGGGGAGGAAGAGGAGGCGGACGACCAGAAGGAGGGCGAGGAGGAGGAGGAGGGCGAUGAAGGCGGGCUGCCCCCUCAGUUCCCUGCACUCCGGCCAGAGCCUGCCGGACCCUCCGCCUCAUCACCGCAGGUGAAGCCUGGACUCACAAGGGGCUGGCGCGGCGCCUCCUCAGGCUUCACUGAGGGUCCCUUGCUGGACGGACUUUACUGGGAAAUGUGGUACAACAAUAAGACAAUGGCAGAAAACAGAAGUUUAAUCUACUAUGAGAACCUGCUUCUGGGAGUGCCUCGCAUCAGACAGCUUAAAGUGAGGAACGGCUCGUGUUCAAUACCCGAAGAUUUAAAGGAUGACAUCAAGGAGUGUUACGAUAUGUACUCUGUGGGUAAUGAGGAGACUGCUCCGUUUGGCCUCCGCAAUGGGACUGCCUGGACUUACACCAGUGAAAAAGAUAUGAAUUGCAGCAGCCACUGGGGGCUGCUUGCAACAUACAGCGGAGGGGGAUAUUACCAGGAUCUGUCCAGAAGUAGAGAGGAAACUUCUGCGUUGCUCGGUGUCCUUAAGAACAACCUGUGGCUUGAUAGGGGCACAAGAGCAACAUUCAUCGAUUUUUCAGUGUACAAUGCAAAUAUCAACCUCUUCUGUAUUAUAAGGUUAUUGGUGGAGUUCGCACCAACAGGAGGCUUGGUUACCUCUUGGCAAUUUCAGCCAGUGAAGUUGAUUCAUUAUAUUUCCUCUUUCGAUUUCUUCCUCGCUGCCUGCAAAAUUGUAUUUUGUCUCUUUAUCCUGUAUUAUGUGGUGGAAGAAAUCCUGGAAAUUCACAUUCACAGACUUUAUUAUUUUAGGAGUCUCUGGAACUGUCUUGAUGUGCUCAUCAUUGUGUUGUCAGUGGCUGCAAUAGGAGUUAACAUCUAUCAAACAUCCACUGUGGACAAAUUACUGAAGAGACUGCUAGAGAAUCAAAAUCAUUUCCCAAAUUUUGAGGUAUUGGCAUACUGGCAAACAGAGUUCAGCAAUAUUGCCGCAGUCACGAUGUUUUUUGUAUGGAUUAAGCUCUUCAAAUUCAUCAGCUUCAACCGGACAAUGAACCAGUUAUCUACCACUAUGUCGCGAUGUGCCAAAGAUAUCCUUGGCUUUGCCAUUAUGUUCUUCAUCAUUUUCAUAGCCUAUGCUCAGCUAGCGUAUCUUGUGUUUGGAACUCAAGUCAGUGAUUUCAGUACCUUCCAAGACAGUCUCUUUUCUCAGUUCCGCAUCCUGUUGGGAGAUUUUGACUUUACAGAGGUUGAAGAAGCUAACAGAGUUUUGGGACCCAUUUAUUUCACUACAUUUGUGUUCUUUAUGUUCUUCAUUCUUUUGAACAUGUUCCUGGCCAUUAUCAAUGAUACCUACUCAGAAGUCAAAUCAGAUAUGGCGCAGCAGAAGCCCGAGAUGGAACUGUCUGAUCUUAUUAAAAAGGGAUACACUAAAGCCAUGGUGAAGUUAAAACUGAAAAAAACACCCGUCGAUGACAUUUCGGAGAGCCUGCGACAGAGUGGAGGCAAAUUAAACUUUGACGAACUGCGACAAGAUCUGAAGGGGAAGGGGCACACUGAUGCAGAGAUUGAAGCCAUCUUUACAAAAUAUGACCAAGACGGGGAUCAGGAAUUGACAGAGCUGGAGCAUCAACAAAUGAGAGAUGACUUGGAGAAGGAGAGGGAGGACUUGGAACUAGACCGAAGUUCUCUGAAACGCCCACUGAGCGGCCGCAGCUUCCCACGAAGCCUGGAUGACUCGGAAGAGGACGAUGAUGACGACAGCGGCCAUAGCUCAAGGAGGAGAGGGAACAGCUCCAGUGGAGUUUCAUUUGAAGAAUUCCAAGUGUUGGUGCGGCGAGUGGAUCGCAUGGAGCAUUCCAUAGGCAGCAUUGUUUCUAAGAUAGACGCUGUCAUUGUGAAGCUGGAAGCGAUGGAGCGAGUGAAACUGAAGAGGAGAGACGUGCUGGGGAGGCUACUUGAUGGGGUCACAGAGGAUGAAAGGCUGGGCCAUGACAAUGAAAUCCACAGAGAUCAAAUGGAGAGACUUGUCCGGGAGGAGCUGGAGCGUUGGGAAUCGGACGACACGGCAUCCCAAGUGAGCCACCGGUUGGAGACUCCCAUGGGACUCAACGGUCACUCACGGGCUAGGAAUUCCCGGCCGCCUUCCUCCCAGUCCACAGAAGGCAUGGAUGGGGGAGGGGCUGGAAAUGGCGGGAGCAACGUCCACAUCUAGAAGCAGGUUUCUGUUGCCUCCAAACUGAUGGACAUUUAGCGAACUAGUUUGGUGGUCGGAGGCAGUAGAUUCAGUUCACAGAAAAAACUGUUUGACUGUAAAGUUGCAAUUUACGGUAUUGUGGGCAUGAUCCUCAACAGGCUCAGUCGUAAGCCCCAUUUUAGUCACCAAGGUUUACUUCCAGGAAAGUGUUCAUAUGAUUCCAGUCCUUGUGAAUCUCAACAGCUACAUUACCCACUGCGUCCUCUUGCGGGAGCAAGUGAAGUCCGAGGUGACAGCGCUGCAGCAAGGUCUCAGCUCAGAAGUGACAGCUGGUGGCGCAGGUCCUGGAGGCUUUCCAUCCCUCAGGGACUCCACUCAGACCUCACCAGUGGCACAGGUCUGGGCGGCAAAGCUACAUUGGCCACGUCCUUUGAUCCCAACGCCUGCUGGGAGCAAGGCAAACCCCGGGGGCUUGCUUGUGGCCGCCUCGAGGUGCCCCCAAAGCCACCGGUCUAUUUUUAUAUUUUAUGGGACUUCAUUUACAGCCUGCCUUCUUGCUGAGACUCCAGGCGGAUUAUGACAUUUAAAAAAACAAUCAUACAGCAAGCACCUAUGAUAAGGGGAUUAUAGAAGAGGACGCAUGCUCUUAGAAGUAUGUCCCAUUUUAUUCAAUUAGGAGAGUGUUUUUAGGAUUGUAGUCUUACAGCCCCAUCCAAUGGGAAAGUGGGCCAAAAAGGCUUCAGGGAGCGGCAACAACCAUGCACCAGCCCAUUUGCCCUCCCCUCAAUAGGUUUCUGUCCUCUGGAUGCUAUCCCAUCCAAAACAUGUUUCUCUCUUCAGAAUGUUUGAUCCCACAGCCGCCACGAAAUGCAGUGACCCUACUACCUGCAGCCACCAGAAGCAAUGUCCACUCUUUUUUUGUUUAUAAAUAAAAAUAUGAGUGCCAAUUAA